GACUUGCCUUUGGUUGGCUUGGCAGCACUGUAUCAACCUUUGGACCUGUCACUUGUUGCAGGGAGCGUUAUCUUUUUGUUCAUUUUGUAAACUUUAUUAAAUCAAUUUAUUUUGUUGAGUGCCUAUAUUAAAAGUUUGUUUAUAUCAACCAAAAUAUGGCUCGUGUACUCGUUGGUGUUAAACGCGUGAUCGAUUAUGCCGUUAAGGUACGUGUUAAACCUGAUAAGACAGGUGUGGUUACUGAAGGUGUUAAGCACUCAAUGAACCCAUUCGAUGAAAUCGCGGUCGAAGAGGCCAUCAAACUGAAGGAAAAGAAGAUCGCCGCUGAAGUCAUAGCAGUCUCAGUUGGCCCAACGCAAUCUCAGGAGGUGAUACGUACUGCGCUGGCGAUGGGGGCUGAUCGUGGCGUACAUGUUGAAGUGUCUGGCAAGGAAUACGAUUUACUGCAACCCAUUCAUGUCUCCAAGAUUUUAGCGAAAUUGGCAUUAGACGAGAAAGCCGAUUUGGUAAUUCUUGGCAAGCAAGCCAUUGAUGAUGAUAGUAACCAGACAGCACAAAUGACCGCUGCCGUCUUAGAUUGGCCGCAGGGUACUUUCUGUAAUAAAGUAGAAAAGACAGAUGCUGGCUUGACUAUCACACGUGAAAUCGAUGGUGGUCUAGAGACUAUUAAAACUAAGAUCCCAGCAGUGCUGAGCGCCGAUUUGCGCCUGAAUACACCACGUUAUGCAACGUUGCCAAAUAUCAUGAAGUCAAAGAAGAAGCCAUUAAAGAAAAUCACGCCAAAGGAUUUGGGAGUCGAUACAACACCACGCAUCGAGAUUGUUUCUGUUGAGGAGCCGCCUGUGCGCCAGUCAGGUGCUUUGGUACCUGAUGUAGACGCACUCGUCGCCAAACUGAAAGAAGGCGGCCACAUCUAAACACAGAUGUUGUUAAAUGAUAUAACAGCAGGUUUAAAGUGCAUUUAUAAAAUAUAUUUUUCCGAUUUUAAUUUUUUUUAUUCCCGAAAUUCUUAGAUAAAUUAAUGAAAUUUGAAAACCUCUAAAACAAUCUUUAUGUUUCCGAAUUCGUGUGUAGUCUAUUGGAAGUAGAUAAUAAAUAUUUACGUUUAAUCCCAUAACGAAUUGGAACAGAUAA